UUGGAUCGUCUGUAUAUCUGCGGCUCUUGUACAAUUUGUGGUGCUGGGAAUCCACAACAGCUUUGGCAUUCUGUACAUCGUAUUCUUGAAGGAGUAUGGCUGGGGUUACAUAGGUUCAAUGGGACUGGGUAUGAACUUCUUCUUUGGCCCAUUAACCAGCACACUUUGUGAUCGAUUUGGUUGUCAAAUCGUGGCCAUUGCUGGCGGAAUCGUUUCAGUUAUUGCUAUGGUUGCGACGUCAUUUGUCAGUAGCCCCGUUCCCAUUUAUAUCACCUACAGUGUUACGUGGGGACUGGGGUCGAGCAUGAGUUACGUGCCAACAUUCCUCAUUUUAGACAGAUACUUUGAACAUCGGAAAUCCUUGGCACAUGGGAUCGUUACUGCGGGGAGCUCAGUCGGUGCUCUAGUUAUUGGUCCGACAAUCAACGUACUCGUAGAAAGUGUUGGGUGGCGACAUACUAUGAGAGUCCUAGGGGCGCUCGCUUGCGUGAUGAUUGUCGCAGCCUUCUCUUACAGAGCGCCUCCUGUGAAGAGCAAGAUGUAUAAAGGCGAGGAAAAAGUCAUUGAUUUAGCUGUGUGGAAAAACAAGGGUUUUGUUGUAUGGGCACUGGCACUUGGUAUAUUCAACUUAGGAUACUUUAUACCUUUCGUAUAUUUGCCUACACACGCGACUUAUCAUGAGAUACCACAAUCAAAGGCUUCCUUCCUCAUUGGUUUCCUUUCGGUUGGCUCGUUGGCUGGUCGGCUUCUCUUCGGCCAUGUCUCGGAUUACCGAUGUGUCAAUCGAAUGUACCUAUACCAAUCAGCAUUUCUGAUAAUGGCUGUCACGACAACGCUGUGUCCAUUGGCCACAAAUUAUGGCGGACUUGUCCUUUUUACAAUUUUAUUUGGGAUUUUUGACGGGGUGGUUGUGACUUUGACUCCGGUUAUCACGGGAGAUAUCGUCGGUAGCAACAAGCUAUCAUCAGCUCUCGGUUUCCUCUAUUUGGUUUUCUCGAUACCUCUAAUGACAGGCUCACUUAUAGCAGGCUUUCUUAGUGAGAUCACAAGUACAUACAACGAAGCCUUUUUCUUCUCGGGCGGCAUGAUAGCUGUGUGCGCAUGCAUCCUGUCACUAGUCCCAGUUUUAACUCCGAUGAGACAACAUGGAGUUACGGAGAUUAAAAUGAGGUCAAACAGCUUCCUGGAGAAGAAGGAAAUACCACUAUUUGUUGAAACACAUGUUUUUUUAGAAGGAGAUCCAUCUCAAAUUGCGUACUACUCGCAGUUUUUAGAGAGAGAGACAGAUGUCUGAAAACAU